UCGGAAUCGUUGCUGUGGCUGCACAGCCCAUGCCAGGAACCUCUUGGUACACUGGCUGCAUCACCGUGUCCCAACCCGAGUGAGCUCAUGAGGCUCAGCUGGACUCAGAGAGGUAGCACAGACAUGUAAUGAACACAACCGUCACGGAAAGUCUAAGAGGGAUGCUUGUUCCAUGGACUGCCCGGACAAUGAAGAAUUGGCGUGCCACCCCCUUUCUCGCCCCCCAGCUGAUGCCAAGGCGGGCGGCCGGCCGCCGGCAGAUGAAUAGCAGGUCUGUUCCAGCAGCUGCGCGUCCCGGUCCAGCGAAGAGAGAGUUUCCAGGAGUGCAGAGUGCCCCGUGCUGUGUGUCGUCUGCAGAGGAAGAGACUUGGGGGCAAAAGGAUGGCCUCGGAAGGGGAGAGCAUCAAUAUUCAAGGCAUGAAUCCUCAGCUCCGGAUUAAUGGGCCAAUGAACAUCAACCACUACGCGACAAAGAAGAGCGUGGCAGAGAGCAUGCUGGACGUGGCGUUGUUCAUGGCGAAUGUCACGCAGCUUAAAGCAGUGCUGGAGCAGGGGACUUCCUUCCAGUACUACACCACCCUCAUCGUGCUCAUCAGCAUCUCUCUCUUCUUCCAGGUGAUGAUCGGGAUUCUCCUCAUCAUCACUGCUCGUUUGAACCUGAAUGAUGUUGCAAAGCAACCCCGCCUGAAUAUACUCAACAACGCUGCCACAGCUCUCAUCUUCAUCACAGUCAUCCUCAACAUCUUCAUCACAGCCUUUGGAGUGCAGAAGACUGGCCUCUACCCUACCAGGAAUUUUCGACCUUAUUAAGUCAUGGGGCAAUGGAGUCAGGACCUGAGCAGUGCGGCUGGCAGGGAAAGCUCUCCUCCUCCAUGUUUUCAUUGGCCUCACCAGGAGCCCAUUGAUGAAUCCAGAGAACUGGGUUAAACUUCCAAAACUGUGUGCGUGUCAUGAUAUACCAGCCCCUUACCGUAAUGCUUUUGCAGUUCUGAAGGGGUGAAAACAUUGCCUUUCAAAGCUAGAGCAAGCUUUGCUAGAGGAAGCUGCAGGAACAGCAGCAGGUACACAAUUUCAAAGCACAGUUCUGUAAAUCUCAUCUCUUAUUUUAGUUGCCUGCUUCACAUAUUCAAUAUUGGCUCAUUUUGUAGAGAAAACUAAAUGAUUUACUUUGUAGGCUAAAUAAACAAGAAAAGUCCAGCUUUUUUGUGUCAUGCAUAAGUUGCUAUAAAGCAAUGCUAUCCAAUAGUUUACCUCCCAAAUGUUGAAAUGGAUUUCUCAAACAACAAAAAAAAAGUUGUUCUCAUGGAAGGACAGAAAAGUGUGUGUAUGUCAA